UAACUGGUCGCGUUUCGCGGUACGUCUUGUGGUGCGAUUCGUUUCGUUUCUUCGGAGUGUGAACCGAUUGUACAAAGUGAUAAGAUUCGGAUGACAUCUGGAUCCUGGAUUGAUCCAAUUUUUUGAAGAUAACUAGUAGAGGGUUGUCACAGCUUUCGAAAAUUUCACCUUUUCAUUAACUAGUGCCCAGAAUUUUUGGUGAAAAUUUGAAAACAACCGGAAAGCGUGUUUCGUGGAACGGGCAAAUAUCUCAUGGCCUGAUGUGUUUGACAACGGUCGCCAUGUAAUGUCCAAUUAGUGUCUGAUUUUUAAAUGUGACAAGCGUGUUUUACUUCAAAGAUGGGAUGUGUAAUGUUGUGAUGAGUACCCUGGUUAACUAGCCUUCCCUUGACCGGUGAUAAAUCAGAAGGGAUAAAACUACACUUGGAUUAUGAUGUCAGGCGGCUGUUGACUUAUGGUGAAUCAAUCUAACCUACCAGACAGCUUCGAGCUCUCGAGCUCAAACAUGAUGGAUAACACAACAUGUGGCGUAUAGGAAUCAACGCCAUUUCUCCAUUAGCAGUUGCCAUACAUCGAGUGCGCCCAAUUCAACAAUGCUAGAUGAGGUGCCAAAAUAAAAGUGAUGUGAUGAUGGGAAAAUUUUAGUGUUAUUUGGCCAGUGAGAGAAAACCGUUUACUGCCGGAUGCAAAAUGGUGCGAACAAUUGCUGCUUGAAGAAGCGAGCGUUAAUGAAAAUUGUGCUAUAAAAAAUAAACAUCAAGUGAAAAUCGUGGAUAUUUCAUGCUUCUGGGUAAAGACCAAUAAUAAUCAUCAACGUUCAUUUUUCAAUCUAAAUUUGAGCUUGAUAAGUGUUAGAAAAAUAAAGAUUACCGCAGAGGAAUAUUAUAACCUGAAAGUGGUCAAAGCAUCUUCUCCCAUGCGCUGGACCGGAUGAUUCUAGUUGAGAAAAUAAAAAUUGACACAGAUUGAGGACCGUUUUGGGACACGGAAAAAAAACGACACCGCAGACAGUUCGCCAUGAUGGAGCGUUUUCUAUCAACUGAAAUAUCCCAACCUCUCACCAAUGGAACACUCGAAUUCAUGGCCAUGGUCACUGCAGCCGUUCCCCGACAUCAUCCCGGCAUCAAUGGAACCAACGACGACGCCGGCAACGAGGAGGAUACUAGGGACCUGUUUGGAGUGUCCUCGACUUUCCUCCUGGCCAGCAGCUCACCGUCCAACACAUCAUCGUCAUCUUUGACCACCGGAAGUGAGGCGGGGCUGGGACUCGUCGUGGGUGGCAGCCCAACAAGUUCCGCCGGACUAAGUUAUGACAAUUUUGGCGCCAACCCAAUAUGUGUCAUUCUGCCCAUUACCAUAUUCUACUGCUUCAUUUUUGUGGCAGGCAUCGUGGGGAAUUUGGCAAUCUGCAUUGUGAUAGCCAAGAACCGGUCCAUGCACACGGCCACCAACUACUAUUUGUUCAAUCUGGCGGUGUCGGACUUCUUGCUUCUUCUGUUCGGAAUGCCUUUGGAGCUGUACGGCACUUGGUACCCCUACGCCUAUCCGUUCAAUCAAGUGGCCUGCAUCAUUACCGGCCUUCUAUCGGAAACGGCCACCAAUGCCACGGUGCUAACGAUAACUUCCUUCACCGUCGAACGUUACAUUGCCAUUUGCCAUCCAUUCCGCUCUCACACGAUGUCGAAACUUUCCCGAGCGAUUCGAUUCGUAAUCGCAAUCUGGCUGGUGGCCUUCGGAUUGGCCACACCCCAGGCGCUGCAAUUCGGUGUCGUGGAAAAUGAACACUCCCGGCUCUGUACGAUCAAAAACACCCAUUUCGAACAUGCCUUCGAAGUGUCCAGCUUCCUUUUUUUCGUCGGUCCAAUGACGGUCAUCGCCGUCCUGUACGUGCUGAUCGGAAUCAAACUACGGAAGAGCAAGUUGUUGCAGGGCGUUAAGCGGCAGGGAAAUCACGGAACGCACAGCGCUGCGGCCGGUGGAGCAUUUUACAGUAGCGGCGGUCUCAGCGGGUAUCCGGGGGAAGGAACGGUUACAACUGGAACAGGAAUGUGUUCUUCCGCUCGAGGCGUAAGCGGUCAAACACGUGUGAUCCGGAUGCUCGUGGCAGUUGUUGCGACAUUCUUCUUCUGUUGGGCACCCUUUCACGCACAGAGACUGAUGGCCGUCUAUGGAUCAAUGACCAACACUGGCAGCGACGGGUUUUACCGGGUGUACCAGUAUCUGACGUACAUUUCUGGAAUCCUGUAUUUCCUGUCCACGUGCAUCAACCCGUUGCUGUAUCACAUCAUGAGCCACAAAUUUAGGGACGCUUCUAGGCGUACCUUGAAGCUGAAAUGUUGCAGCGGCUCAGGAACGAAGCGAAGCGAUGUGCAGCACAACACCUACAGUGCCCUCUCAAGGUAUGGCGUGAACGGAACCGGUGGAUCGUUCAAGUUAGCGUCCAACUCAGCCAUUGCUCAAUCAAUGCGACCGGCAUCAGAUCUUCACUGCUGCCUUCACCAAGAAUCGGAAAUGUCAUCCCUCCGAGGGGAAUCACGGCGUUGUAUGCGAUCAAGUCAAGAUGCCCAGUGCAUCUCGAUCAGUAGCCAGUCUACGAUUAUAACCUCUCUGAGCUGCAACAAUACUCGGGCGUCUUCAGGGGAGAAGAAGAAACUUAACGGAAAAUCGUUCAGCCGAAAUUCCGGUAGCUUCGGAUCACGAAGCAGUUUGAGGAAUCAAUCGAUUGGCGCUUCUCAUGAAGACGGUGAAGUUGGUGGACGGUUAUCUACCAUAGCUGAGAAACUUCGGAGAGGCACAAGAAAAGUAUUGCAGUUCAGCAAAUCUCCGCUGGGCUCACCGAACAAGUCUGCGGCUAAGAAGGAAGACCAAGGUGAUAAAAACCGAUGGCUAGGGAAGAAAGCGAGCGUAGAUUCUGUCGACACUAACACAAUAAGCAACUCGAGUCUUAAAGAGUACGACGAGGAAGAAUUUUCCAGCGCUGAGCUAGCGAGAUUCAUGGCUGAAGUGAACAACGAAAUUCGCUAGGUUUUUGAAACGGUGACGGAAACAAUAACUUUUAAUCCUCUGUGGGAGCAAAUCUUACCAUGACGCGGUAGUACAAAUUUGUAAGCAGGGCACAGGAAUAAGAUUGGGUGAUACUUGAUAUAUUAACAAGGUGGUUAUCGUAGAAGUUAGUGAAUGCUGUUCCUUACUGGGGAAAGAAGUUAGAAGAGUAAGAUAAGACUGCGUUGCAUCAAACGAUGGAUAAAUCUCGUUCAGAUACUAUGUUAGCAUUUGCAAUAAGAAGAAUGGAAUAGAUAUAUUAUAGAUGAAUAAUCGAUUAUGUCGUUUUAAAAACACCAGUUAAGGUUUUAUUUUCAAGAUUAUUGACAAAAUGACAAUUGUGCACGAAUGGUUUGAGUUAUUUGGGAUUAGGAUUUUUAUUUUCAAAUAACAGUAAGCGUAAACAUCGACUUCGCUUAUUUUCAUUUCAAUAAGAAAAUACUUCUAAGUUACUUGAAUAACGUACCUAGGCUUGCCCACGAAAAAAUUUGGAUUCCUUAUAAUUUAUACCUAGUUCUAAAUAUGCGGAGCUCGUUAAUCAGUUCGGUUUUUUUUCUAGUAUUACCGGUGUAACUGUGAUUAUGGCGGAUAUAAAUCGGCAAAAGAUCUCCGAAAUACUGGUAAUAUUUACCAAACAAACUGCACAACGUUUAUCGAUUUAGAUUUAGUACCUAUAUCCGGGUAGUUAUAUGCAGCACGUUUAAUGACGGUUUAAUUAGGCCGCAAUAAAUUUCAGUUUCUUCUUUUGCCCCCCCCCCCUCCCCCCCCCCUCUUUCGAUUUUUUUUAAAAUCCAGAAGGGGGAAAUAAACUGUUGUUCAAGGUUUUUUAUUGAAAAAAUGAUAGUUUAGCCUUUAAGUUUAUACCCAUAUUGUAGGGGUUUCAUGCGAUUUUUAGUUAUUUACAUCAUUUUAAGGUUCAGCAAAAGUGGCCAUCUUGGAUUUCAAGAUGGCGUCUGAUAGAGAAAUUCGACUUAAACUGAUUAAGUCAUUUUAUCCAAUGACAGUAUUGUGGGUAUUUCAUGUGAUUUUCAGUGAUUAAAAUCAUUUAAAUCUUCAGUGGAAGCCGCCAUCUUGGAUAUCUAGAUGGCGUCCUAUAGCGAAAUUCGACUUCUUUCAGCUUAGCCCUUUUAAUCAAUGUCCAUAUUGUGGGGCUUUUAUACGAUUUUCAGUUAUUUACAACAUUUGAAAGUUAAGCGAAGGCCACCAUUCUGGAUUUUAAGAUGGCGUCAGACAACGAAAUUUGAUUUCAGCUCAUGGUUUGUUCCACGGGUCAUUCAAAACCAAUCCCUUUUCAUUCAAAAUGUCUGUCCUCAUUUACUGUACUAAUGAUUAACAACUCAGAAAUGAGGAACUCAUCCUAAGCGUGUAAUUGGUUGGCUAGCGAGAGAAAAGUCAAAUUUUAGCUUUUUAUAUUGUCAUCAUCAAACCAUUAAAAAACUAAUUAGCCAUUUAUCUGACCAUUAAAAAGCUAUUAAGCAUUGAUUUGACUAACGCCAUGUUUAUCGCAAAAUCAAAGGGCUCAAAAUGAAGCCAUGUUGAUGGAUUAACAGUGCAAAUAUUUCAAAAAUAUUAGCUUUACAGAAGCUUUGAUGAUCAAAUUUUGAAUCAUGAUAAUUUUAUCGAGGAUUCAAAAAUUGGUCAUGAUGACGUUUCUAGAAUAGAGCUUAUUUGCCUAAUUAUAGCUUUAUUAGAGUUCUGGUGAUGUUAUGUUGAAAAUUUGACAAAAGACUUCCAAUUUCGGCGAUUCUCGAACUCUGGGCAGUUAUUAAGCUGAAAAGAUAAAAACAAUAUAGGAUGUUCGAUAAAUAUUACGUUAUUUCGGUAAUACAGUAGUUUUUCGAUUUUAUCACGGUCAAAAAAAAUUUUACCGUGAAUAUGGCGAAACCGUGAAUUUGGCGAAACA